CUUUGUCUGUCUGUCUUCUGUAUCAAAGAAUUGUCUGUAUUUUCAUGCUCUUUAAUGUAUCACAUGGAUUUAUGAAACGGAAUGGGCAAAUAAAGAUUUCUGAACCGCUUUAAUGUACUUUUCUAAUUUUUGUGCGUUAUUUGGAAAUUUUUGUCGGUGGAAUGGCCAGAUAUAUUGCUCAGGUUAUUGUACUGGGUGCUCAGGUAGUUGGUCGAGCAUUUGCUCGUGCUCUUCAACAAGAGUAUGCUGCAACAAGAGCAGCUGCUCAAAGAGGGGGAGGUAACAAAGCUACAGCUGAAACAAAUGUAAAGCUUGGCAUGACACUACAGGAAGCAAAAGAUAUCCUAAAUGUCCAACAGUUAAAUCCUGAAGAAAUUCUAAAAUCCUACGAACAUCUUUUUGCUGUCAACGAUAAAUCAAGAGGAGGCUCUUUCUAUCUGCAGUCAAAAGGUGGUGCUCUAUCAUACAUGCUUACUACUGGAACUUACCAUCUACAUACGAUAUGCCAGGUGCCUUUCUUCUCACAAAUAACAUUUAAUGAUGUGUUUUCUGAUUACUCUAAAGAAAGAUGUAUCAGACACUUUGAAAAUAUGAAAAAUGUAAAAUUAAUGAAGAAAAAGAAUAUUAGAGAUGCUGCUGUCAUGGUUCCUUUGUGUAUAGUGUCAGGAAAACCAUCUGUAUUAUUAACUGUGAGGUCAGUUAAAUUAGGCCGAAAUAAAGGGGAUGUGAGUUUUCCAGGAGGCAUGCAAGAAGUUUCAGACAAAAGUGCUAUCGAUGUUGCUUUGCGUGAGGCCGAAGAAGAAAUCGGUAUAUCAUCUGAUAAUAUUCAAGUUUGGACCACAUUACCACCGGUGCCUUCAAGGGAAGGAAGAAUUCGAGUUACUCCUGUAGUUGUCUUCAUUGGUGAUGUAAACCUAGAAAAAUUUCGUAUUAAUCAAGAUGAGGUUGAAUGUGUUUUUGCUCAGAGCUUUGAAUCCCUGUGCAAUCCAGAAAACUGGCGUUAUACGCAGUAUAAAAGUGGCUUUACGUUACCUGUAUAUUUGGGCAGUGAAUUUCGUAUAUGGGGUUUAACUGCUGGUAUUUUACAUAUUUUGUUAAAAGUGCUGUUGCCUGAAUUUUAUAGAAAUAAUUUACCAUUCACUAAAUUUGAAAAAUUAAUUACAGUAAAUUAUCAUUGAGUAGAGUUUAAAUAAUAAUUUUUAUGUGUCUGAAAGUGAAAAAUUGUUUCUUGUUUGAGUAAUUUAAAAGGAUAUUACUAUAUGCAUGAGUAUAUAUGUAUUUUACCAGUUUUAAAUAUUUCAUUUUUCAUAUUUUAUAUCUUAUCCAUAAAUUUAUGAAAGAAUUAAUAUCAAGCAAUAAUGGUUAUUUCUUCUUAACAAAAUUUUUCUGUUUGUACAUGAAAAAUAACUCUGCAUUUAUAAAAGUGAUACUGAUAAUUGUCAUUCAUUGGUCAUUUUUUAGUUAAUAAUUUUUCCCUCAUUAAAGAAAUGUUAUUCUUUCACUUACUUCAUAUGUGCUAGUCAUGCAUGUAAAGUCACAGUCAUGCCUGAAAAAUUAAUAUCUUUAAUAAAUACUUUAAAAUUAAGGAACUGAAGGAAUUUAUCAAUAUCCUUUAGCAAGUCUUGCCACUGUGUAAAAUAUAAGACCUUUAUCUUCUUUAUGCUAUUUUGAAUAAUAGAUUCUCGAGAGUGUUUUCACUUGGCAGAGCAUAAGAUCUUUAGUUUUCAAAUUUAAUCAGUCUGUAAUUGAUUAACAGAUUGAGUGAUUCAAAAAGGAUAAAUACACUUAGUAAUUCUUAUUUUACUUUUUGAGUGAUGUAUGUAAACAUGCUAAUGUGCAUUCCAUUUGACUGUGCUUUUCUCUGAAAUUUCCAUAUAGUUUUUAAAGCUCAGUUAUUUUUAACAUUAAUUAAAGCAUAAAAUUUCAGUUAUCAUUUCCAAGGUUUUCUUUUUAUUCCUGUGUUAUAUUAAGGGGUUCUGUAUCAAAUUCUGAUGAAAUUCAUAUCAUUUAAUCUAAUAUUAUGUUAUUAGAAAAGUUUGAGAGAAAUACAAGAUAUCUAUUUGGAGAUCUUGAAACUGGCUGUUUCAUCUCUGUAUUCUUUUUAAUUGUCAUGUAAAAUAUGCAAUAAA